AUGUCGUGUGGACCACCAAAGAUGGUUGAUGAGAUCCGUAAGCUGGUUGGUCAAACCUUUGAGAAGAGCUAUCAAAGGGUUGACUUGUUUGAGGAGCUGCAAUCCUCACAAUUGCCAGACCUUCUCAAGAUCAGAGACGAUUGUAGCGAACUGAGAACUGCGCUUUGA